GUGUAGACAUUAAUUAGGUUGUUUAGGCCUGCUUGUGUUUCAUCACCUUCUGUGAUUUUCUUUUCAUAAAAUUAAACAUAAGUGAAUUCAUCUUGUCAUAUGUACAAUCUUACCUAUACUUAGAGCUUUAGGCCUGCUUUGUAUAUAUUUGUAUAUGACAAAGGCCUAUAGGUUGCUAAUUCAAUUUUAUUCUAAAUGUUGGGAAUUCAUUGAGAGAUUUCAAUUAAACUGGAUUAACUUAUUGCUUAGAUUUUAACAUUUUAGCAGAACCUCGGCUUUUCCCUGUGGACAAACAUCAGUAAUUUUAAAAACAUGCAGUUUCUAUUCUACAAAUAUUUGUUGAUCAAAACCACAGCUGGAAUAUAUUCUACAAUUUCUUGAUCUCCACCAGUAUUCUGUCAGUACCCAAUCUAUUGUAUAAAUAUUAUGGCUUUAACUGAAAACUACUCAUUUUAUUCACUUUAAAGUUGUAUCAAUGUCAGUGUUAAGCAGACAGCUGUCACUCUUCUGUGUGUUAAGACCAUGUAAUCAACCUCUGAACAAGAAUCAACUCAGAAAUUAGAGCAGUCACUUAUAAAUUUACCAACAAUUCAAGUCCCUGUUAGAAAUUUACAUCAUUUAUGGAACUUUAACUCUUCGCAAUUCAUGUCCCAGUUAUAAAUUGACCAACAUUUAUGGAACUUUAACUCUCUGCAAUUCAUGUCCCAGUUAUAAAUUGACCAACAUUUAUGGAACUUUAACUCUCUACUAUUCAAGUCCAAGUUUUUCACUUACCAACCUUUAAGGAACUUUAACCCUCUGCAACUGAAGUCCAAAUUUCACCAUGCCUCCGAAGGAAAUUCCUCAGAUGGGCCCGGGCUCAAAGAUAUCGGCCCUGAUAGACGCGUUGAAAAAAAAUCUUAUAAUCACAGAGACAAAAAAAACCAGAGAGCUUCUAAUUGACUUUUCUUCCAUUGGAUUUACCCUUCUCCCCAUUGAGAUCUGUAAAAAUGAAGAGAUCAUAGAACUUGCCACCACAUUUUUACUCCCCUUUAAUCGACUGAAGAAACUCCCCAGCAACAUUGAUGCCUUACAAAACCUGCGCUACAUUGACAUGAGGAGUAACAUCAUGGGUUCUAUUCCGCCCAACUUUUUUGACAAUGUCUUAUUAGAAUAUAUAGACUGCUCGUUCAACCUGAUCAAAGCCAUCCCCCCAACCAUCAAAAAGUGUGUGUAUCUCCACACACUCAUCUGCCAACAAAACAGGUUGAAAACUCUACCGUCCACUAUCAAUAGCUGCGUCAGCCUCAAGUUUGUUAAUGCUAAAUUCAAUGAGAUCAAAAAGUUACCUAAAACCAUUUAUGAAGUCAGUGCAGAGAUGGACUUUUCUUUCAACGAGAUGACUGAGCUGCCGUCUGCCUCCGUGAAAAAUCCAGCCCUGCGACGUUUGGAUGUCUCCUACAACAAAAUCACCACCAUCCCCGCCAACAUCAGCACAAUCUACACACUAGUCUUUCUCAAUGUUUCACACAAUUGCUUGCAGAAAGUUCCCCAAGAACUGGCAGCACUCAAGUAUCUACAUGAACUAAACAUAAGCCAUAACCAACUGACUGCCCUACCAGAGACCUUUGGAUGCCAGUCCUAUUCCCUGACUAUACUGGAUGCCUCAAACAACAAGAUGACUUCUCUCCCAAUGGACAUAGGCUGGAUGAAGGUCAUGGAAGAGCUCAAUGUGUCCAAUAAUGAGAUAGAAGAGCUUCCAGAGGAGAUUCACAAACUUCAGUACCUAAAGAAACUAGAUAUCUCCAGCAACAAAAUCAGCAACAUGGAUGUCCUGACCAAGCUGAUCUCUCUGGAGGAACUCAACUUUGCCAACAACAGCAUCACCAGCCUCCCAAACAAGUUAAAUGCCUUGAAAAAUCUCAUCCGACUGGAUUUUUCUGAUAACAAUGUCAGCAGUCUUCCACCAACCCUGGGCAGAAUUGUUUCACUAAAAGACAUCCUGGCGGCAAACAACAGCAUCAGUGUCAUAGACCCAUCCAUCGGCUCAAAGCAACUGCUGCGCUGUAUAGAUCUUACCAAUAACAAACUGACUGAGCUGCCGCAGGAAAUGCAGCCCUUUAGAACUCUUGAGAUCCUCCGUUUGAAUGGUAACAGAAUUGCUACUUUGCCUCCCUCAUUUGAAGCCUUAGAGUUCCUGUGUGAGUUAGACCUGAGCAACAAUUUAGUGAACGAGGUCUUCAUUCCCAAAACAUUGGAGGUUCUAAAUAUCGGCAACAACCCGAUCCCCCCGCCCAGCGUUGACCCCAAGUCUCCACUGCUGCUGUUGUCUGAUGAGGAGCACGCUCGCCGUCUGACUGUUAUAGACAUUUCUAAUCUCAAACUUGAUGCCUUUCCCCCUGGCGUCUGCAUGUGCAGGAUGUUAGUCUCACUGAAAAUUUUUAACAACAAGAUCAAAGUGAUCCCAGACAACAUCAAAAUUUGUAGAAACCUGGAACAUUUUGAUGCCCACAACAAUGAGAUUUCAGAAAUACCAGUCAACAUUGAUUACCUACACCGCCUGAAGUACCUUGACCUUUCACAGAACGCUAUUGUUAUUCUCCCCUUUAACUUAGCCAAGUUGCGGAGAAUCAAGCACCUUGAUAUGUCCUUCAACUGCCUUGAAAGCCUCCCAGAGGACUUCAACAAUUUAGACCACCUGGUACAUCUUGACCUCAGCAACAACGAACUGGUCAGCUUUCCGUCUCAAAAGAUUGAUGUCUUGGCGUCGCUCCUGACUUUAGAUCUGUCCAAAAAUCACCUGUCAGUGUUUCCGGAAGAGUUCAUUUAUCUUUUCAGAUUGCAGAAGUUGAACCUCUCAGGCAAUGACCUGACAGAGAUCCCCCAGGAAAUCAACAAGAUGCAGUCUCUAGAGAAACUUGACCUCCAUGACAACCUACUGGAGUCUAUCCCAGAGACCAUCUCCAAGCUCAAGUACAUCACAGAACUGGACAUUAGUGACAACAAAAUCAUGAACAUCCCCAGCAGUUUGAUCAGCAUGACGGAGAGAUGCAAAGUGAGCUAUGAUGAUCAGUCUCCGGAUAAAACGAGGGAGGCGCCAGGUGAAAUUACCGAUACUGUGGAGAGCCUCACAACUCUUGGAGGAGUGUGAGGCAGGGAGUCACCAUGGUGUCACCACAAGAAGUCCACUGUCUCACCACACUAAAUGACAGCGUCACCAGUUAAUCCAGAUUAAAACUUUGUAAUCUGUCUCAUAAUACUAAAGCUUAGUGUCAUCAAUGUGUCACUAUAUUUUAGCCUAGAAUUUCCUCACUGACUCAUUAUACCACAGCAUGUUACCAAUGUAUUAAACUCAGAAUAUCAGUGUUGACUCAUAACAAUUAGAGUACACUCUCCAAAAGGUAUUAAAUGUCACCAUUGUCUCACAACUGUCAUAAGUAAUUUGUCACCAUUCAAGUUAGAAUCAAAACAGAUGUGUCACAAUGAAAUAUCACUUCUGUGUCACCUGUUGUUAAGUCACCAUUGUCUCACCACUGUCAGCUCUGCAUUUUAACCCUGACUCACCACUAUUUAACGUGCCACCCCUGUCACUAGAAUUUAUCCUUAGCAUUGCACCACUUUUUCUGCCACCAUAAUUAAAUUAGUAUGUCCCAACUUUGUCACACAAAAAUUAAACCUUAGCUGAUCACCAUGUCUCAAUAAUUAAAUAAUAGCUUGUCACCAAUUUGUCACAAAAAUUAAAAGUUUAAAAAUAAAUUGCAGUAUGUCAAUCCAAUAAGGACUUGAGUAUUAAAUUAAAUUUUUAACUAAGGGUAAUGACCCACUGUAUUACAAACAACUACACAUGAGGAUUUUAUAAACUUGAUCUUAAUACUGUCCUGUAUUAAAAACUUGAUUUGAAUACAUUUUGUUAUAAAUGUUUUAAGUAAACCAAAGUAAUCCUAGCAAAAAUUUCCCUAUAUCAGUCUGUGAUCUUUUACUUAAAAACUCUAUCACUGUGAUAAUAGCUUACAGUAAAUUAUAUAUAUAUAUAUUUACUUCUAUUUAUUGUACCAAACA